AUGACCGAAACAGCUAUUUCCCGAGCGGAGGAGUUCCAGAUAUCUUUCUACUGCCGACCAGAAAGAUCAUUACCGUGGACCACCGCACCUCCUUUCGGGCUUACUACGAAGAAAAAUCUGACCCUUGAGAUUUUCGCUCAUGUUGGACACAAACUCUUUCCUGUGUCGUGGGCGAACUUCUGGGUUCUACGUUCAGGUGAAAAAAUCCAGGCGAGCGAACAUUAUGAGUAUGAAUCUGGACUUUUUCAGAAUGCACAAUUGUUUGACAUGCUGGGAGAUACUCCUCCAGCUCUUCCAAAGUGUGAAGAUGCCGAUGAGCAAUCCUGGAGCGCAACGUCUCAUCUAUUUAAUUGGCAUAGACAUUACGACGAUGGCCUUUGGCUUGAUGACGGAACCUCAAAAAUUGAAGACAUUAGGCGACUACAACGUCAUCCGUGGAUCGUUGAUCCUUUCCACGAUGCUGACCGGGACGAUCCUCUUAAGGAAGACAAUCAAUGUAGCCCAGACUUGGGCCACAUCUUGAAUUGGCACGCCGAAGUCCAAAAGUAUUACCACACAGACGUUCGAUCCGGGGUUUAA